ACCACCGGUCCUGGUUCCUUACCACCAACUCUUGACUUAGAAGCAAUUGGGAGUUUGCUGGUUGGAUAGGUACUUUGAGCCUUCUUGGCCAUAUUCUCUCAGGAUGUAAACUGGUAAUGCCUCUUAGGCCGAGAUGUCGUCAAUUUGGACGAUUACCCAAAUUGACUACACCCUUGAGGUCGAUCAACUUCAAGCGGACCACUCCAGGGGCUGUUACGCCGCUCACUGACUUCCGAUACCGCCCUGGUGGAUAUUUGCAUGACGUUCUAGAUCGUCAACAUCCCGCUGCCAAAGUGCAAAGACAAGAACUUGCCCAACUUUUACCUCAUGGGAAGACCCACAGUCUGUUUCUCCGCAUGGUGCCACAGGCCUUGCUACAGCGACCACAGAAUAUUUGGCCAGAUCCACCCUUUCAUUAUGACACAAAGGGCACUGAAAGGCAGGCGAAAAUGUCCUUUGUGAAGGUGGUCAGCAUAAAGGGCAUACACAAGUCCGCUGUCAUCCGAAAUAGGAUCAGUUAUAGGCUAAAGACCGCCCUGUCGAUGAUCGUUAUCCGUGGAGCCGAUGUCAAGUUGAAUAAGAAAGGUCAGGAAGAGAUCGUUUUCAAUGAGAACGAGGCAGGAAGACACUGGAUCAUGCCUAACUGGACAUACAUCGCCGCUCCAACCUUGGAAGUUUAUAGAAUGCCUUAUACCGAACUCGUGCCAGCACUGCGCCAGCUUCUCUUGAGAGUGAACAGUCAUGCAGCAUUCGCAGAACGUAAUUGGAUGCUACGACCAAAAGCAUCCGACUCUCCACCCCAGUCGCAAACCAAUGAGAAGGGUCCGAGGACUCUGAAGGAAGCGAAGAAAAACACCCUCACGGCCAACAAGCCAUCUACGAAGGCCCCCGCAAGUUCUACUCCAAAAAUCCAAACAAAGAAGAAAGGCAGGAGCGCAGUCAAAUCGGAGCUCUCUUCAAGUUGAACUAUGCGUUUCAGAUAAGAAGACUACUCCACCGUUGUUUCAAAUUCAAGUUGAUUUCACGCCCAUUUACAUGGAGCGUCCAAGCAUUCGUGGCUCAAAAUUGCGCUUCAAUGCAGGUAUGCACUGUAACCAGGGAUCGUUGAUCUGUCAAUUUGGCUCUCCUCUCCCGUGUUCUUGUCCUUCUUCAGGUAACUGCAGGACGAGAGCGAGUAUGUGCUUGAGAGUUCGGACGUCAUGACUUCGUAGAAUCCACGCGAGAGUUCGAGGCUUCGAGAAUACAAUGUCGCAUCGUGAUGGCAACAGCUGGGAAUAGAGUUCACUCGAGUAUCAAAAGAUCAGAAGUCCAACGCACGCUACAUCUGCGAAGAUCACUGCAACAGCUAGUAAAUGAACGCUGAAGAAGGUUUGGUUCUACAACGAUAGCCUAAAGAGGUAGAGUAGUUCUCUCCACGUGCGAGCCCAUUCCGGAAGCGACACAAGCAAGAGUCCUUAUUUGUUCGCUCUCUUAUCCCUUUCAGCCAUGUGGUUAUAUGGAUUCCUCAUACAUGGCGUAUCGCCUUUAUGCUCUAAUUGGGAUUGUUUACGGUCUCCAGGGAAAUAUAAGAAUGACUGCUUUGACAC